CCGUCGUCGCAGCAAGAACGUUCCAGCAGAAACAUGAAAGUCCUUAUCCUGGCUGUUUGCAGCUUGGCUCUGGUAGCCGCCGAUGUCUCACAUUUGUUCGGUCAUGAACACCAUGAUCACCACGAUCAUCCUGGCUACAACUAUGACCCACCGAGCAUCCCCUUCGACCUGCCCACUCCGGCUCCGGCUUAUCUACCCCCGGAACCUGUGACAGCUCGUGUGGCUCCUGUGACCUUGCCACCUCCAGUUUAUCUGCCUCCUGCGACCGUGAAGCCAGUGGUUCCGAUUGUCAGGACCCCGCAGCCAGCUUACCUGCCUCCUCCACCACCAGUUGUGAAGGUCAACCCUCCCAAGCCCGCCUAUCUGCCUCCUCCACCACCAGUGGUGAAGGUCAACCCACCGAAGCCCGCGUAUCUGCCUCCUCCACCACCAGUGGUCAAGGUCAACCCACCCAAGCCCGCCUAUCUGCCACCCCCACCACCAGUUGUGAAGGUCAACCCACCCAAGCCCGCUUACCUGCCUCCUCCACCACCAGUGGUGAAGGUCAACCCACCCAAGCCCGCCUAUCUGCCUCCUCCACCACCGGUGGUCAAGGUCAACCCACCCAAGCCCGCCUAUCUGCCUCCUCCACCACCGGUGGUCAAGGUCAACCCACCCAAGCCCGCCUAUCUGCCCCCUGCACCCGUGGUGGAGGAGCCCCGCUAUGUGGCACCUGUCGUAGUGCCCACCUUCAAGAUCCCCAUCCCAUCGUACGCCGCUCCCCUGGAGGAACCCGUCAGCACCUAUCUGCCGCCCCAGGAGAUCGUGGAGCCAAAGGAUGAUGGAUACCACUAUGAUCCCCCAGCCGAACCGUUCCUUUUCUAAAUAUCACCCAUCCUCAGCCAUUUAUUAAUUGUUGUCCUCGAAUGUCACGUGUAUUUACCUAUAGUUAUUUAUUGUUUACCCAGCUCAGCCUGCACUAAAAACGAAAUAAAGCUUAGC